AUGGUUCAAAUCGCUACCUUCGUCGUUGCUUUCACCGCAGUCCUCUCUGGAUUUGCCUCUGCUAAGAGCUGCAAGAACGGUGGUGUCUACUGCGGAUCAGCUCUUAUUCACCGAGGAGACUACCAUGACGACAUCGUCACCCAACUAGCUGCCCACAAGCAGUCCACCAACGAGAUCCACGUCCAGCAGUCUCUCUUCGGCUGUGGCAAGCACGGCCAAAUCACCUUCCGCCAGUACUGCAGCAAGGGCUGUGUUGGAGGUGACAAGAAGGACGACUACUGCUCUUAA